GGCGGCGCGUGCGCGGCAGCCCCGGCUGAGGCGGGGACGGGAGGGAGGGGGGGGGGGGUGUGCGCGUGGCGCGCGCCAUGGCGGCCAACGAGGACCAGGAGAUGGAGCUGGAGGCGCUGCGCUCCAUCUACGAAGGAGACGGCUGCUUCAGGGAGCUCAGCCCCGUGUCCUUCCAGUACCGGAUAGGGGAAAAUGGAGAUCCAAAAGCCUUUCUAAUAGAAGUUUCUUGGCCAGAAACGUAUCCACAAACAGCACCAAUCUUAUCAAUGGAUGCUUUUUUCAACAACACAAUAUCUUCAGCUAUUAAACAAAGCAUAUUGGAUAAAUUGAUGGUAGAAGUUGAAGCUAAUCUUGGAACUGCUAUGACUUACACACUUUUUGAAUAUGCCAAAGAUAAUAAAGAGCUGUUCAUGGAAAAUCAGCCUGUUAACACUGUGACUUCAGUAAGCAAUAGUAUUGCAAUUGGAACUCCCGAUGUGCCAGCAAGUAAGAAAAAGGACAAAAAGGAGCAGUUAUCCAAAACACAGAAACGAAAGCUAGCUGACAAAACAGAUCACAAAGGGGAGCUCCCUCGAGGAUGGAACUGGGUGGAUGUAAUUAAGCAUUUAAGCAAAACUGGUUCUAAAGAUGAUGAAUAAAGGACUUUGGUACAAGGAAACUCCACCUUUUAAUACAGUGCAAUUUUGGGUCACCAUCUUUCUCUUAAUAACUUUCUUAUUUGUUGAAGUAAAUAUUUUAUAAAGCUCAAUUUCCUAACUCGUAAACGUAGUCAUAUAAGUUUAUCUAGAGACUGUGGUCGUCUUUGAAAACAAAACUUGCCUUAAACGAAGGUAAAAAUGUGACAAAGGAUAUAGAGAAUGAAUGUGCCGAAGUGAAUAGUGCUAUACGCAGUGUUUAAUAAUUUAUAUUUUACUCUGUAGUAAAAUCCUGUUAUAGUGAACCCAGAGAUACUGUAAACAUUUCCUGAUGUUCUUAUUCCAAUGGAAGAAAAAAACACUAUAACAGUUAGUUGCUUGACAGCAUAAUUCGUCAAAAUAAAUUAUUCCAUGGAAAGAAAACCUUUGUCAUUUGUUUAUCUAACACAAAUGUAGAAGGAGAACAUAAAAAUCGUUGCAUCACAAUACUGACUAGAAUUUGCAGUUCUGUUUUCACUAGUUAUUGGCUGAAAUAGCAAAUGCUAUUGAAAGCAAAGACACAUACUCUAGUCCACUCAAAAAUGAGUGGUUACAACAUGAAUGUUUUAUCCUCUGCAGCGUGCAUCUGUAAGUCUUUCUCCAGUGUGCAUCGUUAUAGAAGGUCGUGUGUCUUAGGGGAGGGAAGAGUGCUAUCUUGUGAGUGUCUCAGCGAGUGGUGGCAUUUUGUAGCUCUUUCGUUGGAGAAAUGAUUAUUCUUUGGAGAGGUUUGCUGACGGAAUGGUAAAACAGUGGGUCAAGUCAGCACUCUGACAAAUGUGUUGGGAAAACUUUUUUUUUUUCCUAGUCUGCUCUCUUGUAUCAGAAAGAGACGUCAUCUUUACCAUAUGAAUGGUUAUUGAAUACAAGAUGCCUUAAUGUCCUUUAUUAUUUUUGUUUGAUUUGAGAUGAACUGUAAUAAAUACCUAUUUAUCUGC